AUGGAGAUACAAAGUUUUUUGGGGUUGGUAAAUUACGUGGAAAAUGGAUCCCCUAAUCUAGCAACGCUGACAGACCCGUUAAGGAAGAUACUUAGGUUAAAAUUAGGAAAAAAUUCCAACAUAGAGUCCUACUGGAAGGCUGAACAGCAACAUUCGUUCAAAAAACUAAAAGAGACCCUAUCCAGCAUCAAAACAUUGGGCUAUUAUCAUCCAGGUGACAGAACCCAAGUCAUAGCUGACGCCAGUCCAGUUGGUCUUGGCUGUGUACUUAUCCAAUUUGACGAAUCUGGUCCUCGAAUUAUAUCAUUUGGAAAUAAAAGCCUGACAGCUUGUGAGAAGAGAUAUUGUCAGACGGAAAAAGAAGCUCUUGCGCUGGUAUGGUCAGUGGAACAUUUCCAUAUGUACCUAUAUGGAAAAGAAACAUUUGAAUUGGUUACAGAUCACAAACCACUAGAAGCCAUAUUUAAACCAACAGCCAAACCGUGUGCGCGCAUAGAGAGAUGGGUCCUUCGACUACAAUGUUACAAUUAUAAAGUAGUAUACCGCCCUGGAAAAUUUAAUAUAGCGGAUGUUUUAUCCAGACUGCCAAGAAUAGAAAAUAUAAAUAAAUCAUUUGAUGAAAAUUCUAUUUGCCAAAUACUAAGCUAUUCAAGACCUGUUGCUGUUUCAUUAUCUGAUAUCAAGAGAGCUUCAGAAAAAGACCAAGAAAUCACCAAAGUAAAAGAAGCAAUAUUUCAAGAUGUUUGGGACCAAUCAAUUAAUCAAUAUAAAAUAUUUAGUUCAGAACUGUGUUUUCAUGAAGGAAUUCUAUUAAGAGGUGACAAAAUAGUUAUACCAUCACAACUUAGGCCAAAAGUUAUGGAAGCAGCUCACGAAGGUCACCCUGGCAUCGUAGCUAUGAAGAAACGUUUACGAACGAAAGUGUGGUGGCCUAAAAUCGACGCCGACGCGGAAAAACUUGUAAAGGCUUGCAAAGGAUGUACGUUGGUUUCAGCGCCGAAUAGACCAAAUCCAAUGAAACGACGGGAACUGCCUUCACAGCCAUGGGUAGUUGUUGCCAUUGAUUUCUUAGGCCCACUUCCAAGUAACGAGUUUAUAUUCGUCAUAGUCGAUUAUUUUAGCCGUUACAAGGAGAUUAAAGUAUUAAAAGAUAUUUCAGCACAAAGCACGAUUAGUACAUUACAAGAAAUUUUCUCUAGGCUAGGGUAUCCAUCUUGCAUUAAUGCUGAUAAUGGCAGGCAGUUUACAAGCAUUGAAUUUAAAAACUAUUGUAAAGAAACCGGUAUCGAAUUAUUUCACACUAUACCUUAUUGGCCUCAACAAAAUGGCGAAGUUGAACGACAAAAUCGUGACAUACUAAAGAGAAUUAAAAUUAGCUGUGCUUUAAAACAAAACUGGAAAAGGGAUCUUCUCGAUUACAUGAUGAUGUACAAUAGUACACCGCACAGUAUUACCGGUAAAUCUCCAUCCGAAUUGUUUUUUCGAAGAUUUUUUAGAGACAAGAUUCCUAGCAUCAGCGAUCUAGAAAACAAUAAUUUAGACAGUGAAGUUAGAGACAGAGACAAAAUAUUAAAAGAACAAGGAAAAGAAUACGGGGACAGAAAACGAAAGGCAGUAGAAACUAAUUUGGAGCCAGGUGACAAAGUUUAUGUGAAAAAUUUAAUUAAAGUAAUAAAACUUGUCCCAAACUUCAAUCCAAGUCCGCAUACAGUAAUAAAUAAAAACGGAGGGGAUAUUCAAAUUAGGAAUGAUGAAACAGGUCAAGAUUAUCGAAGAAAUAUAAUACAUUUAAAGAAAAUUGAAGGAGAAUGGAAAGUCACUAAUAAACCAGAACAAAAUGAUAGUAGUCAUGAGCAUGACUAG